AUGCUGACGUUCGAAUACCUCGGUUGCGAAAGGUUUCACAAGGUUCCAGUCGAUAUAAAUCAAAGAGAGGUUCGUUACGUCGAAAAUGGACGUACUUGCCGUAAUGGGACGCCGAGUAACGAAAAGAAAGGACCCGAAAAAAGUAGCGUGAUCGCGCAGAAAGCCGCGCAGGAAGCCAAAGCUGCUUCGGAUGCUCAGAAUAUCGCUGGUCAGCAAGCUGCACGUCAAGUGAAGACGCAGUUGGCUGAGAAAGCAGUGCAAGCUGCGAAAGCUGCCGAAGCAGCUCUCACAACGAAAAAGAUGAUAGUACAACAAUUACAAGAGGAAGUAAAGGAAGCUCAAUCGGUCGUUCAAGAAGAGUCCUCGUCUUUCGAACGGGAGCAAGCCAAUGUCAACUCUGCGAUACAGGCGGCACGCCAAUCACAGGAUCAGUUGAAGACAUUAACGCAUGCAAUGCAAACAGCCAAGGCGAACGCGGCGAAUGCCCAGGCUGCCGCAAACGGAGCACAGAAGAGCCUAAGAGAGAAAGAGGAACUGUUAGAAGCAGCGAAGAGAAGAGUGGAGGAACUGUCUAAUCAGUUGAGACUCGCCCGACAGGAACUCACCAAUACUAAUCGAGCGGCAGCCAAAGCGAACGCUGCCGCCACCGAAGCGAAAGCCAAUGCCAACAGGAACAAAAGACGACUGGAGAACUUUAGGCGGAUGAGAGUCAUGAAACGGUGCGUUCACGACUGAAAUCGGAAGUCAACGGGUCUGGAAAUAUAUAUGUAAAUGAUAGUAUUUUAUUACACCAAUCGAUUAGUUAUAAAUAAAUUUACACCUGAGCCUUGUAACUGUGAAUUAAAUAAAACG